AUGGCUUCCAAGAGCGCUGCGAAGACGGUGGCUUUGCCAACCCCGAUUUCUGCCUCGUCAGGGGGUAAGGCUUCGUCUUCCGUCGUUGUUGGUAAGGGUGGUGCUGGGAGUGGGAGCGCGGAGAGUGAGGCUUCGGAAGAAGCUUCUGGGGCUGAGGAUAAGUUGGGAUUGAAACCUAAUCAGCUAUUGAAGAGCCAGAGCCCUUAUGUAGGUUUGGAAUUAUUUUUAUUCUUAUAUUUUUUUGUCACCUUCUUGCUUGGUAUGGCUGGCGUUUGGGGGAAGGGAGGAAAUGGGAGGAGGCUGAUUUUGUGUGUGUGGUGCACUUGCUAGGUUCGUGGACAUGCGCAUAAUCCGGUUCGGUGGCAGUUGUGGAAUGAGGAGACGCUGGAGCUUGCGAAGAAGAAUAACAGGAUUGUGUUUGUUAGUAUUGGGUAUGCGGCUUGUCAUUGUAAGUAUACUACGAUUGUGUUCUGGAGGGGAGGGGCGUUUACUCUGGAAGCUAACGGGCUUUGACCAUUAGGGUGUCAUGUAAGUCGAGUCCCGCCGUUCAAUCAAUCCGGAUUACCCAAAGGGGUUAUGCCUUCACGGAGAAUGGGUUAUCUUAUUGAUCGCCUUCCGUGUUAGGUUAUGGAACGCGAGAGCUUCGAGAACGAAGAGAUCGCCAAGGUUCUGAACGAGAACUUCAUCCCCAUAAAGAUCGACAGGUACCGACUCUUGCUAUCUCGUAGGGCUGACAAAGUUUAACAUGACCGGGCAGGGAGGAGAGGCCGGAUAUCGAUCGUAUCUAUAUGAACUUUGUGAGUUUUGAUGGUUGCCCAAAGGGCUGUGCUUUGCUGACCCAGACCUAGGUUCAAGCGACGACGGGAUCAGGGUUGGACCGCUAAAAGCCCUCACUUUAUCACUGGUCUGACGUAUAUUCUAGUGGUUGGCCGCUCAGUGUCUUCCUCACUCCGGAUCUCCAACCCGUAUUCGGUGGAACAUAUUGGCCGGGCCCAAGUGCAGUCGGCGGGAUGAAAGACCAGCUCGGGUUUUUGGAAGUGCUUGGGAAGAUCGCAAACGUGUGGAAGGAACAGCACGAGCGAUGUGUGGCAUCCGCGUCCGAUAUCCUGAACCAAUUGAAGGAGUUCGCCGACGAGGGUCUUAAAGGAACAGGGGGGGAGCCAGGUGAUGGACUGGAGUUGGACCUGCUUGAGGAAGCCUACCAGCACUUUACGACUCGUUAUGACCGGUCCUAUGGUGGAUUUGGAAGUGGGUCGCUCCAUCCAGUCUGCUGAGUUUGGUGCUAAAGACUCUGGCAUUUAGAUGCGCCCAAGUUCCCCACCCCUGUUAACCUGGCCUUUUUGUUGCGUCUUGGAACAUUUCCCGCGACUGUUCAAGAUAUUGUCGGUGAAAUGGAGUGCGAGAAUGCAAAGUCGAUGGUUAUUACUACGCUUCAGGUAGUCUAUAUUUGCCCUUCUUUCGGCUAACUUCCAACAAGCUAAGCCAUCCUUCAAUUCACGCAGGGCAUGGCGAAGGGUGGAAUACACGAUCAUAUAGGCCACGGGUUUUCUCGAUACUCUGUCACUGCGAAUUGGAACCUUCCCCACUUUGAGAAAAUGCUCUACGACCAAGCACAACUUCUCAGCAUUUAUAUCGAUGCUUGGCUAGUAACAAAGUCGCCGGCAAUGCUCGAGGCGGCGAAUGAUAUCGCAGAGUAUAUGUGCUUGGAUGCCUUGAAGAGUCCGGAUGGUGGCUUCUAUUCGUCGGAGGAUGCGGACUCACUUUAUAGGAAAGCAGAUACUGAGAAACGAGGUUUGCACCCCCCACGUGGUUUCUUCUACAUGGAUGUCUGACAAGUUGCAGAGGGGGCGUUUUAUGUUUGGACAAGAAAAGAAUUUGAUGUUAUACUUGGGGAACAGGAGGCGUCAAUUUGCGCCAGGUAUUGGAAUGUGCACAGAGACGGCAAUGUCGAUCCAGCCAACGACCCGCACGAUGAAUUUAUAGCCCAGGUAGGCCUACAUUUGAUGGAGUGCUAAAUCAUAUGGACUGAUGGGCCGUUUUAGAAUGUGCUAUCUGUCGCCUCAACGCCCGAGAAGUUGAGCAAAAUGUAUGGCAUGAGCGCCGAGAGAAUCACUAGCAUUAUCAAUGUUGCUCGUCAAAAGCUCCUUCAGCAUCGUUUGAAGGAAAGGCCUCGGCCAAAUCUCGAUGACAAGAUUAUUACUAGUUGGAACGGGUUAGCAAUUGCUGCAUUGGCAAAAGCUGCCGGGGCACUAGAGUCAACAGAUCCACGUAGAGCUCAAUUGUGUAGAAAGAAUGCGGAGGAGGCGAUAUCUUUUAUACGGAAAAAUUUAUAUGAUGAGGAGACAGGGAUUCUGAAGAGAGUUUAUAGGGAGGGCCCAGGAGGAACCGACGGGUUUGCUGAUGAUUACGCAUUCUUGAUAUCUGGUUUGCUGUGCAUGUAAGUGCUCCUUGGCGGGUUAUUUAGUCUUUCUUUCUGACAAUGUGUUUAAUAGGUAUGAGGCGACAUUCGAUGUGGAGUAUUUGCAAUGGGCGGAUGCAUUGCAGCAGAAGCAGAUCGACAUAUUUUGGGACGCCGAGAAUGGGGGUUUCUUUUCAACUUCUGAGGAGGCGUCUGACUUGAUCUUGAGGUUGAAAGAUGGUGAGUUCUGGGUCAGUAUCUUAUCGCGAACCGUCGCUGAUGGUCACCUAGGUCUCGACUCUCAGGAGCCCUCGACAAACGGGGUAUCCGCAAACAACCUGUUCCGUCUAGGAACCCUGCUUGGUGAUUCAAAAUUGGAGGAAUACGCCCAGCAAACGUGCUCCGCAUUUGCGACCGAACUACUCCAGCACCCAUUCUUGUUCUCUUCUCUCAUGCCCGCCAUUGUGGCGUCAAACUUGGGAAUGCGCUCUGUCGUACUUGCGGGGGAUCCCAAGGACCCUACUCUGGAAAAGCACCUCAAGACACUUCGAUCGAAGCUUCUUACCAACACUACGCUCGUGCAGCUCGACCCGGCCAGGAAAGACUCAUUGGAGUGGUUGCUGAACAGAAAUGAUCUUCACAAGGAGCUGCUAAAAGUUGCCACCACGGACGGCGGGAAGCCGGUUGUUCAAGUGUGCGAGGGGACGAAAUGCUUAGAUGCCUUUGACAUGGGUGAUAUUGAGAGUGCACUUGAGGAACUGGGUUAA